AUGCCUUCCCACCGAAUUCUGCGUGGCCUUCACAAUGCGCCUAAAGAACCUAAGCCUUCCACACCGUUGCAACAUCAAGAAGUAGCACUACGCAAACUCGACCAAGCGCGUACCGAAGCUUCACAUUCAGCACGUCUGAGAACGCUAAACGAAGAGCAACAUCCAGAUGUUGACAACCUUCAGCAAGGCAAACACGAGCACGCAUAUGAACUUCAACAACCGCCUGAGGAUGCGGACAACGAUGCAAGAGACGCCCUUGGAGAUGACGAUGACAAAGAGAUUGAUAUGAAUCAAUUCAUGCCUCAUCAUGGACCAGCCAACCCGCACGAAGAUCAAAAUGAUCCUGUGGUCAUUGCGCUUCGAAAAGAAAAACAUCAGGCCGCCCGACUGAAGCAUGAAAACCUUUGGGCUUGGCAGUAUGCCAUCAUGGUACCAACUUUCCUUUGUUGUCUGAGCGAGACGUUGACCUGGUAG